GUGAGAUAGAGAGAGAGAGCGAGAGUAAACAAAUGGCAAGCAGGAAGGGUUGGAGGCUUGUGAAGCGAAGCCAAUGGACGCAUUUGCAUUGGAUCCCCCAACGAUGGACGAGUCAGGUCCAGGCCCCCUUCACCCACUCCGCUCUCUAACUAGUCUUUUUUUGUCUGCAUCUUCUUUUCUGUGUUUUUGUUUGCAUUUUCUCUCAGAGAGUUUCACACGUAAUGUGUAAUAACUCCGUCUUCAAAUGGAAAGACGGAUUAUUUAACGCCCUACCCAGCACUUACUGCCCACCACCUACCGCCCACUGCUCUUCCAUUCGAUCGAUCUACUACUACUACUCGCUCGGCUUCCAUUACUCUCUAUUUCCCCUCUUCUUCUUCUUCUUCUUCUUCUUCUUCUUCAGCCCCACCAUAAUUACCUUCAUUACACUCUGCCCGCUCUCAGAAUCUUAUCCAAGCUUCGUACAAUUCCUCACUACCUUGUUCAUUCAUGGCAAGGCUUCUAUAAUUCGGAAAUAAUCUCUGGGUUUGUUCUCUUCCUCUUUAUUCUUGUAUUUUCUCUUUGAAUGCGGCAGCAAGCCCAUCCUUUCCAUUUUCAUUGCUGGAGAUGUAGCAGGUUUGUGGCAUUCUGUAGAGGACUUGUAUCUUUGGUUGUUCUCAUUAUUGGUUGGAAUUAUUUAGUGCCUGCAUGAUGGGUUCUUGUUCUCUCCAAUGCUUAUGCUGUGAAAUGCUCAACCAGCUUUUUCUUCCAUUUCUUUCCUACAAUGAGCUUGCGUGGCUUCCAACUGUUUGUUGAUUCAUGCUGGUUUGUAGUUGGAGUUGGAGUUACUUUCUAUUGCUUUGCUUUCAUAUCUCAUUUACCCCCAUUCCUUUACCUCUGCAUCUCCUGAACCUGGAGUUCUCCUUCCAUGUUAUUUACUGAUUUCUUGCGAUUCUAUACAAUCCACCCAUAUUCUUCUAUCAUUCAUUUCUCUCUAGUUGCGCAAUAGGUGUUCUUGGGAGGGGAGGGAUGCAGGCCAUAUGUUUGGCAGUACUAUUGUUGGUCGAAUUGGCAAAAGGAGAGUCAGAUGUAGAUGCGCUUUUGGAGCUAAAGAAGGGCGUCCAGAAAGACCCUUCAGGGAAGCUUCUUGCUUCAUGGGAUUCAAAAUCUUUAGCGUCUGAUGGUUGUCCCCACAGUUGGUAUGGAAUUAGCUGUAGUAUGGGCAGUGUCACAUCCAUAGCACUAAAUGACUUAGGUCUGGUUGGUGAUUUUAAUUUCCCUGCUAUUUCUGGGCUUAAAAUGCUUAGCAAUAUAUCGAUUGCAAACAACCAUUUGACAGGUAGUAUCCCUGAGCAAGUUGCAAUUGAGUCAUUGGAAUAUUUGGAUGCUUCAUGCAAUUUGUUUAAUGGGCCAUUACCCCCUGGUUUGACUAAUUCAAAGAAUUUGGUGCUUCUGAAUCUUUCCUCUAACAAUUUUGAAGGUACAGUCCCAUCUGGGUUUGGAAAAGUUAAGCAAUUGAAGUAUCUUGAUUUGCGGUCUAAUAGAUUUACGGGUGAUAUUAUGGAUCUUCUGUCCCAAUUGGGUGGUGUGGUGCAUGUUGACCUCAGCAGCAACAAGUUCAUUGGAUCUCUGGACCUUGGCCUUGGAAGUUCUAGCUUGGUUUCUUCUAUUCAGUACUUAAAUAUUAGCCACAACAAUUUGACAGGAGAGCUUUUUCCACAUGAUGGAAUGCCAUAUUUUGACAGUUUAGAGGUGUUUGAUGGAAGUUAUAAUCAAUUUGUGGGUACAGUUCCUUCCUUCAAUUUCAUAGUAUCUCUCCAGAUUCUGCGGCUGGGAAGCAACCAGUUGUCAGGGUCCUUGCCAAAGGCUCUUUUGCAAGAGAGUUCGACGGUGUUGUCAGAGUUGGAUCUCAGCUUUAACCAACUUGAAGGUCCAGUUGCAAGUAUAACCUCUGCCACUCUAGAGAAUGUUAAUUUGUCCUUCAAUAAGAUAUCAGGUCUGUUGCCUGUAAGGGUAGGACACUGUGCAGUUGUUGAUCUGAGUAACAAUUUGCUUUCUGGGAACUUAUCCAGAAUUCAAAGUUGGGGGAAUUAUGUGGAAAUUAUUGAUUUAAGUUCAAAUUCAUUGACAGGAACCUUCCCUAAUCAAACUUCUCAGUUUCUCAGGCUGACUUCAUUCAAGAUAUCCAAUAACUCAUUGGAAGGUGUUCUCUCCCCUGUGCUAGGUACAUACUCAGAACUAAAAGUGAUUGAUUUUAGCCUGAACCGGCUUAGUGGUUUCCUCCUUCCCAGCUUGUUCAACUCUACAAGAUUAACUUCUCUUAACCUCUCUUAUAACAACUUAACCGGACCUAUUCCUCUUCAGCCAUUCCCAAAUACAUCUCUUGGAGAUUCUGUCCAAAAUCUAAGUCUAGUGUAUCUUGAUCUAUCUUAUAACUCAUUAACUGGUCAUUUGCCCCCAGAAAUCCGGGAGUUUGAUAGCAUGUCUUAUCUCAACUUGUCUAAUAACGAUUUUGAUGGUGGCAUCCCCAGUGACCUUCCUGACAAUCUGAAAAUAUUCGAUGUGUCUCGUAAUAAUCUUUCUGGUGUUUUACCCGAAAACUUGCAUAGAUUUCCUGAUUCAUCAUUUCACCCUGGAAAUUCCCAACUAAUUUUCCCUUAUGCACCAUCUUCACCAACACGUGUUCCAAGUAUAACAAUGAGAGGGCAUAGGUCUCAUAAGAAGUCAGUUAUCAAGGCUGCACUUAUUGCUGGUUUGGUAGGUGGCGCUUCUACUGUGGUGCUAGUGGCCAUAAUGAUCUAUUACAGAACCUACCAGCAAGAAAAUAGGAAGAAUAAUUUCAAAAGAGAUGGUGAAAGCAAAGGCACCCUGCAAGAAAUUUGUUCCCCUGCUCAUCCAUCAUCACUUCAUAAAAAUGUGGACCCAUCAACUUCAUUUAAUUUCCCUCAUUCUCAUAUGUCUUCAUCAGAAUUGGGUUCAGCACAUGAGCGAAGGGGCCCUUUGUCAGUCAUUCAGAGGCCCAAAGAUCUUGGUCAACCACAAUCAAUGGGGAAAAAUGAAGGACUAUUUUCUCCCACGUCACUUGUGUCAUCUACCAACGUGUCACCUUCUUUAAACCAAGAUCUAAUUGACACACCUGGAUUCAAUGUUUGUUCUCCAGAUAAGUUGGCUGGGGAUCUACAUCUGUUUGAUGAUUCAUUGGUGUUCACCGCCGAAGAACUUUCAUGUGCUCCUGCAGAGGUUUUUGGUAGGAGUUGUCAUGGUACGCUGUAUAAAGCUGUUCUCGACUCUGGUUAUGUAUUGGUUGUGAAAUGGUUGAAAGAGGGGAUAGCAAAAGGGAAGAAGGAAUUUGCUAGAGAAGCCAAGAAGCUUGGGAGCAUCAAACAUCCAAAUUUAGUUUCUCUGCAAGGUUAUUACUGGGGUCCAAAGGAGCAUGAGAAGCUGAUACUAUCAAAUUAUAUAAAUGCACCAAGUUUGGCCUUCUAUCUUCAUGACCCGAGAAAGCUCAUGCCCUUAUCUCUUGAUGAGCGGCUCAAGGUUGCUGUUGAUGUGGCUGGUUGUCUGAACUACCUCCACAACGAGAGAGCAAUACCUCAUGGAAAUCUCAAGUCCACAAACAUCUUAAUAGAAACUCCUGGACCGAAUGCACUACUAACUGACUACAGUCUCCACCGGCUAAUGACACCGGCUGGCACAGCCGAGCAGGUUCUAAAUGCGGGUGCUCUAGGUUACAGACCACCUGAGUUUUCAAGCACAAGCAAACCAUGCCCAUCACUGAAGAGUGAUGUAUAUGCUUUUGGUGUAAUCCUGUUGGAACUCCUAACCGGGAGAAGCUCUGCAGAGAUCGUUUCUGGGUACACUCGGGUGGUUGAACUGACGGAAUGGGUGAGAUUGUUGGCUGCAGAAAACCGAACAAUCGAGUGCUUUGACAAACUGAUUUUGGGUACGCAUAAUGUGGAACAUCAGUGCAGAGAUCUCGAUAAUCUUCUUUGGGUGGCACUUAGAUGUGUACUCCCAGCAUCCGAGAGGCCUGACAUGAAGACAGUUUUCGACCAUCUUUCUUCUCUGUCACUUGAACAGGCUGCAACAAGGUAGAUUCAUUAGAAUUGCUAACUGUAGUGCUAACAGAAUCGGUUUUUGUUGUUCUAGAACUGAAAUCUAGUUUCAUUUGUUUUUUGUGUAAUUGUUUAGGUUAGGUUUUUGUUUUUGUUCUCUCAUAUUCACUACGUGAACUGUCUUGGAAUUUGAUUCUUCUGCAUCACGAGGUGCAUAAUAAAGCUUUCUUCUGCUUGUA